UUAUAUACCCUGUCCAAGCAGCAGCAGCCACAGCAGCACAGCUUGAGCUCCUCUCCUCUCCUCUCUUCUUUGGCUCAGCAGACAGGGAAGAUUCAGAAUCUUGGGGGAUCUUUGAUGGGGCUGUGUGCAUCUUCAGAGCACCUGGAGCAGGUGCAGGAGGCAGAUGAGAGCAUUGUGUAUGUGAAGGAUGAGCAAGGAGGAGGAGGAGGUAGGGGGCUGGAGUGUGGGGCCAGGAAGGUGGCCUCCCUCUUCUCCCAGAGGGGCAAGAAAGGCCCCAACCAGGAUUCUGUCAUCCUCUGCCAGGGGUUCGGCAUGGAGGACGGCGUGUUCGUCGGCGCGUUCGACGGCCAUGGCCGGUGCGGGCAGGUCAUCAGCAAGCUGGUGAGGGACUACCUGCCGUUCAUGAUUCUGAGCCACCGGAACGCGCUGUUCCUGGCCGGCGACGACGGCGACGACCUGGCGUUCAGCGACGCGUCGCCGCCGCCGUCGUCCACGGACAGCAGCGGCAGGUCGUCGCCGCAGGCGGCGUCGGCGCAGGUGCUGGAGGAGUGGAGGGAGGCGUGCACGAACGCGUUCGCCGCCAUGGACGGCGAGCUGAAGCUCCAGGCCAACCUGGACUGCUCCUUCAGCGGCACCACCGCCGUGUGCGCCAUCAAGCAAGGGAAGGACCUCGUCGUCGCCAACCUCGGCGACUCCCGCGCCGUGCUCGCCACAAUGUCGGAGACCGGGUACCUCCAGGCGGUGCAGCUCACCGUGGACCACAAGCCCAGCGUGCCCGAGGAGGCGGCGCGGAUCAAGCGCAGCGAGGGGAGGGUGUUCGGGCUCAAGGACGAGCCCGGGGUGAUGCGGGUGUGGCUGCCGGCGGAGAACUCGCCGGGGCUGGCCAUGGCGAGGUCGCUGGGCGACUUCCGGCUGAAGCGGCACGGCGUGAUCUCGACGCCCGAGGUGACGUCGCGGCGGGUGUCCGCCGCCGACCUGUUCAUCGUCCUCGCCACCGACGGCGUGUGGGACGUGCUCAGCAACGAGGAGGUGGUGUCCAUCGUCUGCGCCACGCCGCGCAAGCAGCACGCGUCCAAGGCCGUCGUCGAGGCCGCCGUGCAGCGCUGGCGGUCCAAGUUCCCGACCUCCCGGGUGGACGACUGCUCCGCCGUCUGCCUCUUCCUCCGCGACCAGGCCACCUGGGCCACCGCCGCCGCCGCCGCCAGGAAGUCGCGCAGGGCCGCCACGACGCCGGCGCCUCUCUGAGAGGAGACCAAGAAAGCAAAUGUUGCAGUUUUUGUUUGCUCUUCUUUGUGCUGCAAAUACAAAUAGACAAAUAGUCUAUUGUAACAUAGUUUAGAUGAUUAAAAAAAAAGGCAAUUUGGCAAAAAAAAAAAUGCAAAUGUUGCCAAGAAAAAGAGAGGGAAAAAAGAAGCUUUUUUUUUCUUUUACUUUUUUUUUUUUUACUUUUGAUGAUCAUAGUGAGGGAGAUAUUGUAAUGGCUGGUCGGAAUGGCAAUCUGUCAAUCUGAUGCUGUUUGUGAGAUUCCAUUUGCUUGUUGGCAAUUUGGAGCUUUGGAAUGACAUUGUAAAUACCUCGCAAAAAAUUGUAAAUAGCUGGUCAUGGGGCGUCUAUACUUUUUUUA